CUUCUUUGUCUCCUCCACACCCCUGUCCUCACCAUGUCUUCGACUCAGGGCAAUGGGGAGCACUGGAAGUCCCUGGAGUCGGUAGGCAUUAGCCGCAAAGAGCUGGCAAUGGCCGAAGCCCUUCAGAUGGAAUAUGAUGCUCUGUCCAGGCUCCGGCAUGAUAAGGAGGAGAGCAGAUCCAAGCAAAACACAGAUUCCUCUCUCAUCAACUGGGACGAACCUGUGCUAGACUUCUAUAACAAGCCAGCUGGCAGGCUGAAUGACCUCAAGCUCCUACGUGGUCUCUCUGGCUCUGAUCCUACCCUCAAUUACAACUCGCUCUCCCCACAGGAAGGGCUGCCCAACCACUCUACCUCCCAGGGCUCCCAGCCUGGCCCAGAUCCCUGGCCCAAAGGCUCUCUGUCUGAAGGCUAUCUCUAUAUUUUUAAUGGUUCAGAUGAGGAGCUGUGUCUGUCCCCAGGACCAGGAGACAUGAAUGGUUCUUCCAAGAAACUAUCCCCACCUCCUCUGCCUCCCCGAGUGUCUAUCUGGGACACCCCUCCUCUGCCUCCCAGAAAGGGGUCCCUCUCAUCCUCCAAGAUCUCUCAGCCCAAUGACAUCAACACUUUUUCUUUGGUAGAACAACCUCCAGGCAAAUUGCUAGGGCAUCAGAUCCUAGAAGAAGAGCUGGGGGGUGGAGGUCGGGGACACCUACUGGGAUCCAUGGACUAUGAUGGUAUCAAUGAUGCAAUUACACGACUCAACUUAAAGUCAACCUAUGAUGCAGAGAUGUUACGGGAUGCCACCAGGGGCUGGAAAGAGGGCCGAGGACCCCUAGACCUCAGCAAGGAGACGCCUGGAAAACCCGUGGCUCGGAGCAAGACUAUGCCGCCUCAGGUGCCCCCUCGCACCUAUGCCUCCCGCUAUGCCAACAGAAAGAAUGCAGCACCUGGCAAGAACCGAAGGAUUUCUGCUGCUCCGGUGGGCUCACGGCCCCGUACCAUCGCCAAUGGACAUGAGUUGUUUGAGGUCUCAGAGGAGAGAGAUGAGGAAGUUGCUGCAUUUUGCCACAUGCUGGAUAUCCUUCGAUCUGGCUCUGACAUCAGAGACUACUCCCUCACUGGAUAUGUUUGGAGCACGGUCACUCCAAGCCCAGAGCACCUUGGGGAUGAGGUAAACCUAAAGGUGACCGUGUUGUGCGACAGCCUGCGGGAGCCACUCACUUUUACCUGCAACUGUUCCUCCACUGUAGACUUGCUCAUCUACCAGACCCUGUGCUACACCCAUGACGAACUGAGAGAUGUGGAUGUAGGUGACUUUGUGCUGAAGCCCUGUGGGCUGGAGGAGUUCCUGCAGAACAAGCAUGCCUUGGGAAGCCAUGAGUACAUUCAGUACUGCCGGAAGUUUGACAUCGACAUUCGGCUACAGCUGAUGGAACAGAAGGCUGUACGCAAUGACCUGGCUCGGACGGUGAAUGAUGACCAGAGCCCUUCCACCUUGAACUACCUCGUCCAUCUACAAGAGAGGCCAGUGAAACAGACCAUCAGCAGACAGGCCCUGAGUCUUCUGUUUGACACUUACCACAAUGAGGUGGAUGCCUUCCUCUUGGCUGAUGGGGACUUCCCACUGAAGGCCGACAGGGUGGUCCAAUCCGUCAAGGCCAUCUGCAACGCCCUAGCUGCUGUGGAAACCCCAGAGAUCACCAAUGCUCUCAACCAGCUGCCCCCCUGCUCUUCCCGUAGGCAGCCUAAAAGUCAGAAGGAUCCCAGUGUCUUGGCUGUGAGGGAAAACCGAGAAAAAGUGGUAGAAGCCCUGACAGCUGCUAUCUUGGACCUGGUGGAGCUAUACUGCAACACAUUCAAUGCAGACUUCCAGACGGCUGUACAUGGGAGCUGCAAGCAUGACCUGGUCCAGGAGGCCUGCCACUUCUCCGGGCCCCUGGCUUUCACUGUCUAUGCCACCCACCGCAUUCCUAUCACCUGGGCCACCAGCUAUGAAGAUUUCUACCUUUCCUGCUCCCUCAUCCAUGGUGGCAAGGAGCUUUGCAGCCCCCUACAGACCCGAAAGGCUCACUUCUACAAGUACCUCUUCCAUCUCAUCGUCUGGGACCAGCAGAUAUGCUUCCCCGUGCAGGUGAACCGGCUGCCUCGAGAGACCCUGCUAUGUGCCACCCUCUAUGCUCUGCCCAUCCCCCCACCCGGGAGCUCCUCAGACACCAAUAAGCAGCGGCGGGUACCCGAAGCCCUGGGCUGGGUCACCACCCCGCUCUUCAACUUCAGGCAAGUGCUGACCUGUGGCCGGAAGCUUCUGGGAUUGUGGCCAGCGACUCAGGAACACCCUAGUGCCCGAUGGAGUGCACCUAAUUUUCACCAGCCAGACAGUGUCAUCCUGCAGAUUGACUUCCCCACCUCAGCCUUUGACAUCAAGUUCACCAGUCCCCCUGGAAACGAGUUCAGCCCCCGCUAUGAGUUUGGCAGUCUCCGGGAGGAAGACCAAAGCAAGCUUAAAGACAUCAUGCAGAAGGAGUCCCUGUACUGGCUCACUGAUGCUGACAAGAAGCGUCUGUGGGAGAAGCGCUAUUAUUGCCACUCGGAGGUGAGCUCACUCCCCCUGGUACUUGCCAGCGCCCCCAGCUGGGAGUGGGCGUGCCUUCCCGACAUCUAUGCACUUUUGAAGCAGUGGACCCACAUGAACCACCAGGAUGCCUUGGGGCUCCUGCAUGCCACCUUCCCGGACCAAGAGGUACGUCAUAUGGCUGUCCAGUGGAUCAGCUCACUCUCAGAUACCGAGCUGCUGGACUACUUGCCUCAACUGGUGCAGGCCCUAAAAUAUGAGUGCUAUCUGGACAGUCACUUGGUGCGUUUCCUCCUGAAACGAGCGAUCUCUGACUUGAGAGUGACUCACUACUUUUUCUGGUUGCUGAAGGACGGCCUCAAGGACUCUCAGUUCAGCAUCCGUUACCAGUAUCUGCUGGCGGCCCUCUUGUGCUGUUGUGGCAAGGGGCUGAGGGAGGAGUUUAACCGCCAGUGCUGGCUUGUCAACACCCUGUCCAAGCUGGCCCAGCAGGUCCGGGAGGCCGCCCCAUCUGCACGGCAGGGGAUCCUCCGUACAGGCCUGGAGGACGUGAAGCAAUUCUUUGCUCUCAAUGGCUCAUGCCGCCUGCCACUGAGCCCCAGUCUGCUGGUCAAGGGCAUCGUGCCAAGGGACUGUUCCUACUUCAACUCCAAUGCCGUCCCCCUCAAGCUCUCCUUCCAAAAUGUGGACCCGUUGGGUGAGAACAUCCGUGUCAUCUUCAAGUGUGGGGACGAUCUUCGCCAGGACAUGCUAACUCUGCAGAUGAUUCGCAUCAUGAGCAAGAUCUGGGUUCAGGAGGGGCUGGACAUGCGCAUGGUCAUCUUCCGCUGCUUCUCCACUGGCCGGGGCAGAGGGAUGGUGGAGAUGAUCCCCAAUGCCGAGACCCUGCGCAAGAUCCAGGUGGAGCACGGGGUGACCGGCUCCUUCAAGGACCGGCCCCUGGCUGACUGGCUGCAGAAACACAAUCCUGGGGAGGACGAGUAUGAGAAGGCUGUAGAGAACUUCAUCUACUCCUGCGCUGGCUGCUGUGUGGCCACGUACGUCUUGGGCAUCUGUGACCGACACAAUGACAACAUCAUGCUGAAGACCACUGGCCACAUGUUCCACAUAGAUUUUGGCCGCUUCCUGGGCCAUGCCCAGAUGUUUGGCAACAUCAAGCGGGACCGUGCCCCCUUUGUCUUCACCUCGGACAUGGCAUAUGUCAUCAAUGGGGGCGACAAGCCUUCCAGCCGCUUCCAUGACUUUGUUGACCUUUGCUGCCAAGCCUACAACCUCAUUCGCAAGCACACCCACCUCUUCCUCAACCUUCUGGGCCUGAUGUUGUCUUGUGGGAUCCCUGAGCUCUCAGACCUAGAGGACCUCAAGUAUGUGUAUGAUGCCCUGAGGCCUCAGGACACAGAGGCCAAUGCCACGACCUACUUCACUAGGUUGAUUGAGUCCAGCCUGGGCAGUGUAGCCACAAAGCUCAAUUUCUUCAUCCAUAACCUGGCUCAGAUGAAGUUCACGGGCUCAGAUGACCGACUGACCCUUUCCUUUGCCCCCCGGACACACACCCUCAAGAGCUCCGGCCGCAUCAGUGAUGUUUUUCUCUGCCGCCAUGAGAAGGUCUUCCACCCCAAGGGUUAUAUAUAUGUGGUAAAGGUGAUGCGAGAGAACACUCAUGAGGCAACUUACAUCCAGCGGACGUUUGAGGAGUUCCAGGAAUUACACAAUAAGCUGCGGCUGCUCUUCCCUUCUUCCCUCUUGCCCAGCUUCCCUAGUCGCUUCGUGAUUGGCCGUUCCUGGGGAGAGGCUGUGGCUGAGCGGCGGCGGGAGGAAUUAAAUGGCUACAUCUGGCACUUAAUCCACGCAGCCCCUGAGGUGGCAGAGUGUGAUUUGGUGUAUACCUUCUUCCACCCCCUGCCCCGGGAUGAGAAGGCUGUGGGCACCAGCCCAGCUCCCAAAUCCUCAGACGGCUCAUGGGCCCGCCCCAUCGGGAAGGUAGGAGGGGAGGUGAAGCUGUCCAUCUCUUACAAAAACAAUAAACUCUUCAUUAUGGUGAUGCAUAUUCGGGGCUUGCAAUUGCUCCAGGAUGGGAAUGACCCUGACCCCUAUGUGAAGAUUUACCUCCUUCCUGACCCUCAGAAAACCACUAAAAGGAAAACCAAAGUGGCCCGUAAAACCUGCAAUCCCACCUACAAUGAAAUGUUGGUGUAUGAUGGGAUUCCCAAGGGAGACCUGCAGCAGCGGGAGCUACAGCUGAGCGUGCUGAGUGAGCAGGGAUUCUGGGAGAAUGUCCUCCUUGGGGAGGUGCACAUCCGUCUACGAGAGCUAGACCUGGCCCAGGAGAAGACUGGCUGGUUUGCACUGGGAUCUCGAAGUCAUGGAACCUUGUGAACCCAGCAGAGCCAUGGUCCUGGACUCCAGGGUGGUGAUGGGAACUGGGGCAGAGGAGUCUCUCCUGCUUGAAACUUCCUUUCCUUGAGAAGGAAAAGGCAGGGCCCUCAGUGGGCCACCCCUCCGUCCAGGUGGAUCUGUCCUCCAUGACAGGAGGUGGGGAGAGUAAGAUGCUCUCUGCUUUCUCUUCUGCAGACUGAACUUGGGUUGGUUGUGAUGUACAGCCCCUUGGAGGCUGUGAAGUUGCAGCAAAGUUUUAAGUUUACCUUGUGUCAAGGGAGCAAUGCCUGGUUUGGGGUAUGUGGGGGCAGGUUGUAUGAAGUAGUAUUUUGAGGGAGGGUGGGUGGAUAUC